CCGUUGUUGUGCUUACUUAAAAACAAAAUGUCCGGGACCUUGAGGUUUAUUAGUAAUUUUCAUAAGCUAUCUUUUCAGCUGUUGAGAAACAGAGAAUGUGUUGGUCACAAUAUACUUCGAACAUUUAAAACUACUCCAGCAUGUCAGCUAAGAGAAGUCAUUGAGACAACCAAAGGAAAUGUGACUACAGUGGAGGGAAGAGUAUUUGAUUCUGAUCGUAAGGACAGAUUACUCAAGCUUCCUGAUACAGAAGAGAAGUGUGUGCUUUGCAAGCUUAACAUUGACCUGAAAUACACAGAUGUGCUGAUACUGCAGCAGUUUGUGCAGGAGGACGGGCAGGUGGUACCACGCCAGAUCACAGGGCUGUGUUUCCAUCAGCAUGCCAAGGUGAAGAAACUGGUACAUCAGGCGCACUCUGCUGGGCUCAUGCAGAAUCUUCGGCCCCAUGUUUACCCCAAGGAGUAUUCGCAGAUGUCUGACUACAAGUGGAAGAAGUUCAAUGUUUACUACAAUGAUGCUGUGGAAGAUGGCAGUGCAAGAUAGCGUGCCAUUGUGUGGAAACGGACUUAACUUCUCAUGAUUAAGUUUUCAUUUACUGAAUGUAUUAAUAAAUGUUUGUCAGACAUAGACUGAGUUAAUAAAUGUAGUCAUAAUUAGUUACAAUA